AAAGUCAUCGAUUUUAAAGUAAAUUUGUUGAUAUUCGCGCCUAGCAAUAACAAAAACCAAAAUCCUAUUAUAGGUCAAGCAAUAUUUUGUUACGAUUGUCACUCGGAUCAUGGAACGUGUAAUGACGGAAAAUGUGAUGGAAUCGUUUGCAUAAAGAUGGAAACAUCGAAUAAAGAUAACGAAAGGAGAACUGUACAAAAGGGCUGUGGUGAUGAUAUCGAAGAAAACGGUUGUCAACAAAGUGGAUUUGGAUCAAAAUGGACAUCGCGAUGUGUAUGUGAUCGAUCUUGGUGUAAUGGUGAUGAACAACUCGCUGCAUCAGGUCUUGAAUCAUCAUCUGGCACUGUUAAUACAUCACUUCCAAAAACACAAUUAGCACUUAUACUAUUUAUUUUUGUUUUCCUUGCUGCCUCAUGCUUACUUCUUAUUUUUAACACGAUUUGUGUUCAAUGUUCUCAAUAA